AAAACAUGCAAACCGAGGCUCAAAUUGAAGAAAAAGACCAACCCAGGCCCCUAUUUGGAAAUCGACAUUUAACCAAUGAAACAAAUGUUUUCCAGCACAAUGCCUGGUACGAAAUCAAUUAUUAAACAUUUAAUUGGCCAAUCAAAAAGAUUUUGCCAUCAAAAGAAACCAAAAUAUGGUACAAGAUAUCUCAAAGAUAAAAAAGAAGUAUUUAACUUCAAUGCAUGGGAUGAUGUACAGUGGGACGAAGCUCAAGAACAAGAAGCCUUGAAGAAGGUGCAGCAAAAUAGCACCAUCAAAUUCUCAGAGCAACAAAUCCUGGAAUACAAUCAAGGAGCUAACAAAUUCUGGGACUCUUUCUAUGAUGUGCAUGACAAUAAAUUUUUCAAGGACCGCCACUGGUUGUUUACAGAAUUUCCAGAACUUUUAAGCACCAACAACGAAAGUUUUAGCAUAUUUGAAUUAGGUUGUGGGGUUGGCAAUACAAUAUUUCCAAUAUUACAAUUAAACCAAAAUCCCUUGCUAAGAGUAUUUGGUUGCGAUUUUUCCCAAAAAGCAAUCAAAAUCCUACAGGAAUCGGCAACAUUUGACCAAACAAGAUGUAAAGUAUUUGUCCUUGAUAUAACUCAAGACUUGUGGGAUAAUGCAAAUUUAGCUGAAAACAGCUUAGAUAUUAUUGUAAUGAUUUUUGUAUUAUCUGCUGUCAAUCCGGACAAAUAUAAAACAAUAAUUGGGAAUUGUUUUAAGUAUUUGAAACCUGGAGGGUUGAUUUUGUUUAGGGACUAUGGCAGAUAUGAUUUGGCACAGUUGAGGUUUAAACCUGGAAGGUCUGCAGGGGAGAAUUUUUAUGUCAGAGGCGAUGGGACUCAGGUUUAUUUUUUUACACAAGAAGAAAUUAAAAUUCUUUUUGAACAAGGUGGUUUCCUCGAAGAAGAAAACAGGGCAGAUAGACGCUUGCAAGUAAACAGAGGCAGAUUAUUGAAAAUGUACAGGGUAUGGAUACAGGCAAAAUACAAAAAACCCAAUUUAUAAAUAAAAAACAAACAUAUUAUUCUUUAUUAUUUGUCUUUUUUAAAUGUUUACCUUUAUUCCUCUUCUUGCCAAACUUCUGUCUCACCUGUUCCUUGGCCUUUUUAGCCUUGAAGGAUUUUUUGAUUUGUUUUUGCCUCUCAAUUUGGCUCUUUUUUUGGAAAACUUUACUCUUUUUGACAUUUUUAGUUGCCCGCUUUUUCAGCUCUUUUUUAACUUGUUUUUCUGUCUCAAACUUUCUCUUUUCUUGUACUUUUUUCAUUUCUUGUUUUUCAACUUUUGGCUUCAAUUCCAUGCCAGGCAUUUCCUCAAUUUCUUCUUCAACUACCUCUUCUUCUGAUUCAUCUGAUUCAUAUUUAGGCUGAUUCGCCCCAAUCCAAUUGCUUUGCUUGGCAAUAUCGUUGGCGGAUAUUUCUUGGAUUUUUACAGUGACAUCAUCUUCUUCGUACUCUUUGCUUUGAAAUUGUGCUAGUUCUGGGAUGUCACGGUGAGAGACCACAAGCUUUUUGUAAGACUCUUUGGCUUCAGCUUUGAGGCGUUUUCGUUCCUCUUUCAAUUCCUUUUCGAGUUCUUCUUGGGCCUGCUUUUUGCGUUGGAGUUUCCUUUUGCGAAAACCUGUCAAGA